AGAGGCGGCUCAUCUCUUGCAUCUGUCACAUUGCAUAAAAGCCAAACCACUAUUCGAGUAGCUAGCUAGUCUUCCAGUGUACUGUAAAAGCUUGGAGAUUCCGUGAGAGUUUGUGCAAGUUGCAAGAUGGUUAAGCAAAAGAUUGCCCUCAGUUUGCUCAAUUUUGUGCGUCGUUGUGAAAAAACAAUUCAUGUUUUGUUGCAGCAAAAGAUUGCCCUCAAGUUGGCUUUGGAUGAUGAGAGGGAGAGGAGGAAGGCCUUCAAGGCUGCCGUUGGCAUGUCAGGCGUGACAUCCGCGACGAUGGAGGGGGACAAGAUCAUCAUCGUCGGGGACGGCGUCGAUCCGAUCACGCUGACGACCAUGCUCCGGUGCAGCCUGGGCUACGCCGAGCUCCUCAGCGUGUCGUCCGGCGACGAGAAGAAGAAGGACGGCUACGGCGCCUCCUACGGGUAUGGCGGCGGCGAGAAGAAGAAGGACGACUAUGGAUACGGCGGUACCGACGGUGGCGGGAGCGGCAUGAGCUUCGGCGGCAAGGAGAGUGGCGGCUCCAAAGGUGGCGGCGGCUACUCUCAGUCCCAGAACGCGGUUGCGCCGAUCACGUACCCCGCGUAUCAACAGUACAACGGCAUGCCGUCCUACCCGGUUUACUCCUACCCUGCUCCUGCUUAUCAGCAUCAAGAACAGGAUCCCGGCUGCAGCAUUAUGUAGUACUAGUAUACAGUAGUUGUUAAUUAAGAAGAGAUGAUCCGGAGAGUUGCGAGCUGUGUUCAGGCCAUGAUUGGUGGCCUGACCCAGAAGUUGGCUCAGUGAGCAGAGCGAUGCCGGCUGCCUGAGCACUGAGCAGUACGUAUGUACAGUACAGGUUUGUUGGAUCAGCAAUGGUGGUUUGCAGCGUAGUAACAGAUUGUACAGGAUAACAGGAGGAAUGAAUAAAAGGAAACUCAGAUGUUUGCAAGAAACGAAGCACAAGAUGCAGAAUUAUUCGUUUCGUUAUCUCUCUCA